AGUUUGAUGUGUUUUUUUUUAACUGAACACAACCCUUCGUUCGUAACAACAACAACUACUCAAUGAACCUAUCGUACACCGACAGUGCUUCUAAGACCAGUGAGUUUUCCCCUCCCGAGAUGUCAGCUGACUCCAUGGAGAUUGAUGACUCCCUGUACAGUCGUCAGAGGUAUGUCCUGGGGGACAGUGCUAUGCAGCAGAUGGCUCAGUCUUCUGUCUUCCUCAGUGGAAUGGGAGGACUGGGAGUGGAGAUCGCAAAGAACAUCGUGUUGGCAGGUGUGAAGGUGUUGACGCUGCAUGACACUAAGCAGUGUGAGACGUGGGACUUGGGCUCCAACUUCUUCCUCAGACAGGACGAUGUGCUGACUCAGAGGAACAGGGCUUUGGCAGUCCAUCCCAGGGUAGCGGAGUUGAACCCUUACGUCCACGUGGACACGUCCUCCUCCUCUCUCGACCUCUCCACUGACCUCCACUUCCUCAAGAGGUACCAGUGUGUGAUCCUGACUGAGGCCAGGCUGAGUCUCCAGAAGAAAAUCAAUGACUUCUGUCACUUCCAUCAGCCUCCAAUCAGGUUCAUUGGAUGCGACGCGUACGGGAUCUGUGUGAGAGUGUUCUGUGACUUCGGGGACCGGUUUGAGGUGUCGGACCCCACUGGAGAGGAAGCCAAGGAGAUGUUUAUCCAGAACAUCACACAGGGUAACCCAGGGGUGGUAACCUGCAUGGACAGCAGGACCCACGGCCUCCAGACUGGACAGUGUGUUCUCUUCAGAGAGGUCAACGGCAUGGACACACUCAACGGCACCGCGCGACAGGUCACAGUCCUCUCCCCCUACAGUUUCACCGUAGGGGACACGUCCUCUCUGCAGCCCUAUGCACACGGAGGCUUCUUCCUGCUGGUCAAAACCCCCAGAACGUACAGCUUCGAGACGAUGGAGCAGCAGCUGUCUGAGCCUCAGGUCCUGACUCCCGACUUCAGCAAACCAGAGGCCCCGCUGCAGAUCCAUGCCGCCAUGCUGGCUCUUGAUGCCUUCCAGGAGCAACACAACAGACUGCCCAAUAUUGGGUGCUGUCGGGAUGCGGAGGUUCUGGUCAAACUAACAGAGGAAGUCAACCACACCUUGACAAACGGAGCUCCAGUGAAUAGUGAGUUGGUGCGUUGUCUCUCCAGAACGGCGCAGGGUUCUCUCCCUCCAUUGGCUGCGGCGGUGGGGGGCAUUGCCAGUCAGGAGGUCCUCAAGGCCCUCACGGGGAAGUUUGCCCCACUACAGCAAUGGUUCUAUCUAGAUGCCAUAGAGGUAGUGAAACCACUACUGUCUCUAUCAGCAGAGGAGUUUAGCCCCAGGGGUGAUCGGUACGACGGGCUGAGGGCCUGCAUCGGGGAGACCAUGUGUCUGGAACUCCACAAGCUGAGAGUCUUUAUGGUGGGCUGUGGAGCCAUUGGCUGUGAGAUGCUCAAGAACUUUGCCCUGCUGGGAGUGGGAUUGGCCAAGAGCUCAGGAGAGGUGUGUGUGACGGACCCAGACCUGAUAGAGAAGUCCAACCUCAACAGACAGUUCCUCUUCAGAUCUCAGCACAUACAGAAACCUAAGAGCACCACAGCAGCCAUAGCGACCUUGGAGAUCAACCCAGAGAUGCAGGUAGACGCUCACCUCAACAAGGUGUGUCCUGCCACCGAGGGGGUCUACAACGACCUGUUCUACUCCCGCCUAAACCUGGUUGUCACGGCGCUGGACAAUGUAGAGGCUCGUAGAUACGUCGACAGCCGCAGUGUAUCCAAUCAGAAGGCUCUUCUGGAUUCCGGUACCAUGGGAACCAAAGGACACACGGAGAUCAUCGUGCCCAACCUGACCGAGUCUUACAACAGCCAUAGGGACCCACCAGAAGAGGAGAUUCCAUUCUGCACCCUGAAGUCUUUCCCUGCUGUCAUAGAACACACCAUCCAAUGGGCACGGGACAAGUUUGAGAGUGCGUUUGCCCACAAGCCCACCAUCUAUAAUAUGUUUUGGCAGACCCACUCCUCUGCAGAAGCCGUGCUGCAGAGGAUGCAGCAGAGGGAGACUCUGGAGGGGGCGUUCCAGGUUGUCAAGCUGCUGAGUCGACGGCCCAGCCAAUGGGAACACUGUGUCAUCCUGGCACGCCUCAAAUUCGACAAGUACUUCAAGAGAAAGGCUCUACAGCUGCUACACUCCUUUCCCCUGGACACUCGGUUAAAGGACGGCAGUUUAUUCUGGCAGUCACCUAAACGACCCCCGUCUCCCAUAGAGUUUGACCUGAAGGACUCACUACACUUCAGUUUUGUCGUGAGCGCAGCUCGGCUUUAUGCUGAAAUCUACAACAUCCCCUACUCAGAGAAGGAUCUGUCGCAGGAAGCAGUUUCCAGGGUGUUGUCAGAGAUUACCGUCCCAGAGUACAGGCCAGCAGAGAAGCGUAUUGAGACUGAUGAGAAUGUGAAGAAGCCUGAUCAGAUGAAGCUGUCCGUGAGCAGCGAGGAGGAGAGAGAGGCCAUCGCCCAGUUAGAGGAGGCUAUCACUGCAGACCACGUUACACCAGAGUGGUUACGGAUGUCUCCCCGGAUGUUCGAGAAGGACGAUGACCUCAACGGCCACAUGGACUUCGUGGCGUCGGCCUCCUCCCUCAGGGCCAGGAUGUACUCCAUCGAGGUGGCCGACCGCCUCAAGACCAAACGCAUCGCCGGGAAGAUCAUCCCCGCCAUCGCCACGGCUACCGCCGCCGUCGCCGGGCUGGUGUCGUUGGAGCUGGUGAAGGUGGUGGGAGGAUACGGGUUUGAGUCGUUCAACAACUGUUUCUUCAACCUGGCCAUUCCUGUCAUGGUCCUCACCGAGGCUGCUCCUGUCAAGAGAACACAGAUCAGGGAAGACAUCUCUUUCUCUAUCUGGGACCGCUGGACUGUGUGGGGUCACCAACACUUCUCCCUCUCUGACUUCAUCAACGCAGUGUUGGUGCAUUAUGGGAUAGAACCUACCAUGGUUGUCCAUGGAGUGAAGAUGCUCUAUGUUCCUGUGAUGCCAGGACACAACAAGAGACUGAAACUAACGAUGCAGAAGUUGAUCAAGCCGUCUGUAGACCGUGGCUAUGUUGACCUGACCGUGUCCUUCGCUCCAGAGUCAGAUGGCGAUGAGGACCUUCCUGGACCCCCCGUUAGGUACUACUUCAGCCCCGACGGAGACGCUCACACCGCCUGACACGCCCGGACCAUAACAUCCCUGACGCCCUCAGUCCCCUCGAACUGACCCCCUGUACCUGCAAAACCCUAGUUGACAACAGUGGUAGUCUUGAACAGGGAUGGAUUCUAGAACAGGGGUGGAUUCUAGAACAGGGGUGGAUUCUAGAACAGGGGUGGAUUCUAGAACAGGGGUGGAUUCUAGAACAGAUGUUGAUUCUCGAAUAUAUGUUGAUUCUAGAAUAUAUUUUGAUUCUAGAAUGGGUGGAUUCUAGAAUAUAUGUUGAUUCUAGAAUAUAUGUUGAUGCUAGAAUAUAUGUUGAUUCAAGAACAGAUGGUGAUUCUAGAACAGGGCUGGCCCCAUGGACCAUUAUUAGAGAAAGAGCAUAGAGGUAGAAAGGUGGCUCUAGAUGGAUAUAACCUGGUCUGAUGAGUUCUCUUUCUACCUCUAUGAGAAGAGGGAAGCACUUGACUGUGUACAUAGUAGUCCCUCUGUGUUUUCUACUCUGGUUUAAAACACCGUUCUGACUGGUGUUUUCUACUCUGGUUUAAAGCACAGCUCUGACUGGUGUUUUCUACUCUGGUUUAAAGCACAGCUCUGACUGGUGUUUUCUACUCUGGUUUAAAGCACAGCUCUGACUGGUGUUUUCUACUCUGGUUUAAAGCACAGCUCUGACUGGUGUUUUCUACUCUGGUUUAAAGCACAGCUCUGACUGGUGUUUUCUACUCUGGUUUAAAGCACAGCUCUGACUGGUGUUUUCUACUCUGGUUUAAAGCACAGCUCUGACUGGUGUUUUCUACUCUGGUUUAAAGCACAGCUCUGACUGGUGUUUUCUACUCUGGUUUAAAGCACAGCUCUGACUGGUGUUUUCUACUCUGGUUUAAAGCACAGCUCUGACUGGUGUUUUCUACUCUGGUUUAAAGCACAGCUCUGACUGGUGUUUUCUACUCUGGUUUA